GGCAAAAUUAAAGUAAGGGAAAAAAUCAAUUCUGUCCGCAACGGUGCGGAUUAAUCAGGUCCUCGUGCUCCAUGGACCUGCAUAAAAAAAUCCCCAAAAAAUCUGCUUUCACUCUUCGAGAAACCCUGUAAGAAGUUCUCCACCGCCCCGGCGUUAUUUCCCGGCGGCGGCGGCGUUCCUGUCCCGCUGAUCGACCUGUCGGAGCCGGACUUCCGGGAGCAGCUGGUCCAGGCCUGCGAAGAAUUCGGGUUCUUCAAAGUCAUCAACCAUGGCGUCCCAACUGAGGCUAUCGCGGCCCGCGAAUCCCAGGCCCUCGAAUUCUUCUCCCUCCCAAUCGCCGAUAAGGAGAAAACCGGGCCCUUCGUCUACGGCAAGAACAAAAUCGGCCCCAAUGGCGACGUCGGCUGGGUCGAGUACUUGCUCUUCACCUCCGACUCCCACGCCGACAUCCACCGCCGCUUCUCCGCCGUCUUCGGCGAAGCCGCCCAUGAAUUCCGAGAUGGCGAAGGCGAGGCCGGAAUUUCAAGUAUACAACAGUUUGACGAAGCAGAAAGAGAUUUUCAGGCCCUUAGUUGAGGGAAAAGUUGGAAUGUACGUUUGCGGCGUAACCUCUUACGACCUCAGCCACAUCGGCCAUGCUCGUGCCUAUGUCGCGUUUGAUGUUCUUUACAGGUAUCUGAAAUAUUUGGGCUAUGAGGUGGCUUAUGUGCGCAAUUUCACUGAUGUCGAUGACAAGAUUAUUCGUAGAGCAAACGAACUUGGAGAAGAUCCAGUAGAACUAAGUGGGCGGUUCUGCCAAGAGUUCCUUAAGGACAUGGCCGAUCUCCAUUGCCUUCUUCCGACUCACCAGCCUCGUGUUACUGAGCAUAUGGAUCAGAUUAAGGACAUGAUUGCUCAGAUCAUUGACAAUGGCUGUGCUUAUGCUGUCGAUGGAGAUGUUUACUUUUCUGUAGAUAAAUUCCCACAUUACGGUCUUCUAUCCGGAAGGAAGCUAGAAGAUAACAGAGCGGGGGAACGAGUUGCUGUUGAUGAGAGAAAGCGAAAUCCUGCUGAUUUUGCCCUGUGGAAGGCUGCAAAGCCGGGCGAGCCAUCAUGGGGUAGCCCCUGGGGUCCGGGAAGACCCGGGUGGCAUAUAGAAUGCAGUGCCAUGAGCGCGCACUACCUGACUCAUACUUUCGACAUUCACGGCGGCGGGAUGGAUCUGAUAUUUCCUCAUCAUGAAAAUGAGCUUGCUCAGAGCUGUGCCGCGUGCGCAGAUAGUAAAGUGAAUUACUGGAUACAUAAUGGCUUUGUUACGGCCAAUGAUGAAAAAAUGUCCAAGUCUCUGGGAAACUUUUUCACCAUUCGUGAGGUUACGAAGCUAUACCAUCCACUUGCGUUGAGACAUUUCCUGCUCGGAACUCACUACCGCUCUCCAGUCAAUUAUUCGAUAUCGCAGAUUGAGAUUUCCUCGGAAGCUGUGUUUUAUAUAUAUCAGACUUUGAAAGACUGCGAGGAUGCAUUAUUGACGCUGAAAGAUGAAAUUGGAACGAACGGAAAAACUGUUCGGGUGAGCCCUGCUGCUCAACAGAACAUCACUAAGCUACACGACGAAUUCGAGAUGAAAUUAGCGGAUGAUUUGCAUACCCCAACGAUCUUAAAUGCUGCGCUUCAAGAAGCUUUGAGAUUUAUCAACAGCUCCAUAACUAUGCUCAAGAAGAAGCUGCAGAAGCAACAGCAAUUAGUUAUCAUUAAAUCACUCGUCGAUAUAGAGAAACAAGUCAAAGAAGUGCUGGAUGUUCUCGGAUUGCUUUCCCAUUCAACUUACGCCGAGGUUUUGCAACAGCUGAAAGACAGAGCCUUGAAAAGGGCAGGUCUAACCGAAGAAGAUAUUCUCCAUUCCAUCGACGAACGAACUCUAGCCAGGAAAAACAAGGAGUUCGGAAAAAGUGAUCAGAUCAGAGCCGACCUUGCGACCAAAGGAGUUGCUUUAAUGGACAUUGGCAACGAUACCAUUUGGAGGCCGUGCGUACCGGCGCAACAAGAACAGCCCGAUGCACCAAUGCAGCAGAAGAACAACGGCGAACAAGUAAAGGCUAGCUGACGGAUGAGCGGAAACACAAUUAAUCACUGAAAUUUUGUCACCCUUCUUAUAUAUGCAAAGGCGUCGAGGGAUUUUGAUCCAUGGGCUCAGGGUCACGAGUUAAACCUAAAACUCAUUUCCAUCUUUCAAAAUAUUUAUAUCUAUGUGUUAUAUACAUUUACAUAAAUGUUUUACGUAUGCAAUCUUUUAUGGUUUGUGAUGUUUAACGUUGUGAUGAUAGCAAUCUGUUGUGUAUUGACUCUUGUCGAUGAAUUAUGAUUAGGGGUGGGAAAAGAAUCGAAUUGAGCUGUCGAACCGUUGA